GGACGAAGCGCGUGGCCGCGAGGCACGGCGCCACGUCACGGGCUAAGAUCGUAACUGCUGAUCGUCGUGAAGCGACACCCGUUGUAACGACGCCACCCUUGGCUCACAAUGGCUGCGCUCACGUUCGAGCCGUCGCACCCCAAGCUAAUCGUGCGCCAGCCCAACCUCCGCGGUCUCUCGGAUCUAAUCAUCGAAAAUGCGUCACGGCUCGUGUGCUUGAACGUCUCGGACAACAUCCUCCAAGACUUGGCCGUCGACUCGACUCUUGUCUAUCCUGCGUUGGAGCACCUCAAUGGAAGCUGCAAUUGGAUCUCGGACAUGAGCCAUUUGCGCUGCUUUGUGUCGCUCGUGCAUGUGGAUCUCUCGCACAACCAAAUUCGCAUUGUGGAUGGUCUCGAGAGCCUUCAGCAUCUAAAGGUUUUGGAUCUGAGCCACAAUGCGGUACGCACCUUUCUCGACGUGCGGUCCAUGUCCCUCAACCGCUCGCUCCAGAGUCUCCAUCUCCACCACAAUCCGAUCGCAGAUCUCAAAGGCUACCGUGCACGGCUCGCGUCGCUCUUGCCAAGUUUGCUUUUGCUCGACGAUGUCCGGUACCCUCGAAAGCCGAAUGCGACAUCUAUCGACGCGGCAACGUCAACGCCAUGUUCGGUCUGUCGUCCCCGCAGCGUGCAGCGAAUUCCCAGAAAAGGGGCCGCGUCACGGGACCACCAAGCGCUCUCGGAUGCGAUGCGAAGCAAACCGCGGGCCCAUGCCAGUCACCCGACCACGACCUCUAGGUCGAGAGCCCGAGGUUCCGCCACCGACUCCUCCCCCGUCCACCUUCUUGUUGAGCUCCACAAAGCCAUUGCACCUCCACCGCGCCACGCCACCACUUCAAAAUCGAGUUUGAGUUUGAUCCAGCGGGCAACCAAGGACGCUAUUCGUGCGAUCCCGACGCCAGAGGACAAUGUGUCGGCAGCGAGCAGAAAGCUGAUAUUGCAGGAUCAAGCGCCGACAACGUGUCCGCCGGCCCUCACCGCUCCCGUGCCGGCCCUCACCGCUCCCGUGCCGGCUCUCACCGCUCCCGUGCAGGCUCUCAUCGCUCCGGUGCAAGCGGCCCCAGUUCAAAAGUGUGUCCCAAGUAGUGUCAGAGAUCGGCCGCUCGGGCCAUUGGAGCAGCUCCUGGACCCGACACGUUCGCUAAACCACGACGAUAUCAUGGCGCUGGUGGCCGUAGCGGCCAACGACGAGCCGUAUGAGCCCACGGUGCUGGAAGAAGUCCUCUUGGGCUUUGAAGCGACGCUCGCGACCUUGCCGACGGUGUGCGAUUGCAAUGGCUUUGAACGUCGGAACGUCGACGAUCCUCGCGCAGAAAUCAACGAGCUGUUGACAAGGGACCGACGGACCAGCGCCCACCGUGCAGCGUACCAUUGACGUAUCUACUACAGCAUACCAUGGAGACAUCGUCUACCACGGUGUGGCUCGCCCUGUAGAGCAUUUUGCGUCGUUGAUUAUGGAGUCCAACUGACGUGAAGCAUCAAGAACAUAUUGU